ACACAAAAAAAAAACUUCUCCAAUUCUCAAAAAUUCAAACAAAUCUUCAACCCCCUUCAACAAAUCUACACCUUCAACAUAUUCCCCCCAAAAACCUCGGCAAAAUGUUUAGUUUCUCCGACCAAAACGACUUGUUUGCUCGUCGAUGUGUGUGGGUAAACGGCCCCGUGAUCGUGGGAGCCGGGCCUUCGGGCCUAGCCGUGGGAGCAUGCCUCAAAGAACAAGGCAUUCCUUGCGUAGUUCUCGAAAGAGCUGAUUGCAUUGCUUCUUUGUGGCAAAAAAGGACUUAUGAUCGCCUUAAGCUCCACUUACCAAAGCAAUUUUGCCAGCUUCCAAAACUACCCUUUCCUCAGCAUUUCCCCGAAUACCCCACCAAAAAACAAUUCAUAGAUUAUCUCGAAUCAUAUGCAAAUCAUUUUGGCAUUAAGCCGCAGUUUAAUGAGUCUGUGGAGUCUGCUAAGUACGAUGAGGCGUGUCGUUUGUGGCGCAUUAAGACUGUUUCUGUGCAGGGCUCUGUGAGGUCUGAAAUUGAGUACAUUUGUCAGUGGAUUGUGGUGGCUACAGGGGAGAAUGCAGAGCGUGUGGUGCCUGAGAUCGACGGAUUAGGGGACUUUCAUGGUGAGAUUAUUCAUGCUUGUGAGUACAAAUCCGGGGAGAAAUAUAGUGGGAAAAAAGUUCUUGUGGUGGGAUGUGGAAAUUCUGGCAUGGAGGUUUCACUUGAUCUUGUUAAUCACAAUGCUAAGCCAUCUAUGGUGUCACGUAGCUCGGUUCAUGUGCUGCCUAGAGAAAUAUUUGGCAGAUCUACGUUUGAAUUAGCAAUGAUGAUGAUGAAAUGGCUCCCGGUAUGGAUUGUUGACAAGAUUUUACUCCUGCUGACAUGGUUUAUUCUUGGCAACACCGAAAGCUAUGGAUUAAAAAGGCCUUCCAUUGGUCCAUUGGAGCUGAAGAACACUUAUGGAAAGACCCCUGUUCUUGAUGUUGGAGCACUGGAGAAAAUCCGAGCAGGCGACAUCGAAGUGGUUCCUGGGAUCAAGAAGUUCUCAAAGAACAUGGUGGAGCUUGUUAAUGGUGAAGAACUAGCCAUUGAUUCAGUUGUUUUGGCCACUGGAUACUGCAGCAAUGUCCCCAUCUGGCUAAAGGAAGCUGAGUUCUUCUCCAAAGCUGGAUAUCCCAAGACACCAUUCCCAAAUGGAUGGAAGGGAAACACUGGACUUUAUGCCGUUGGGUUUACAAAGAGAGGACUCUCUGGUGCAUCCUCAGAUGCCAUGAAAAUUGCUCAAGACAUCUCCAAAGUCUGGAAGGAGGAUCUUAAGCAGAAGAAACAGAAGGUCCCUACCCACAGAAGAUGCAUUUCAACCUUCUAAAUACGAACCCGAGACCCCUCCCUGCAUCGAGCUCUGAUAUACGGACACUGAUCAUAUACAUAUACAUAAAAAUACAAAUACACACACACAUAACUAAUAUACUUAAUUAUUUAUUAUACAUACAUGAACACAUACAGAUUUUUUUUUUUAUACAUGUAAAAAACACACAAGAAAGAACAGAUAGCAGACAUACAAGCCCUCUCCAAAAAGCCUGAAGUAUUUAAGAUUUUUGGGCAUUUUGUAAAUAGAGGAAGAUGAGGCUUUUCUUUUUUCUUUUUUGUUGUAUACAAAAGUUGUUUAUACAGUUUGUAAAAU